GCCCCCUGCCGCCCCUGCCCGAGACCCGGGGCGGCGGUUGGUGCUGAGGCGGGAAGCGGCGACGGUUCGGCGGCUCCGCUUUCACUGCGCGGUUACCGUUACCUUUCGCUGCGGCGAGUUGUCACUGGGCAGACGGGCAGCGACAGCAGGACCACGCAUGGCGGACUGGCAGUCCCACUACCCUAACGAUGAUGGGGAGAAUCCCGAAGAGGAUGAGGAGAACGAAGUGGAGACUAAGUAUGCUGGGAGGGACAGCUUAAUAUUCCUGGUCGAUGCCUCGGAAGCCAUGUUUGCAGCUGAUGGCAAUGACAUUUCGCCAUUUGAAAUGACGAUUCAGUGUAUUCGCAGUGUUUACACCAGUAAGAUUAUCAGCAGUGACCGGGAUCUCCUGGCUGUGGUUUUCUUCGGGACUGGGACACACAAGAACUCCGGCGAUUUCAAGCAUAUUUAUGUGCUCCAUGAUCUGGACACUCCAGGCGCGAAGCGAGUGCUGGAACUGGACAAGUACAAAGAGGAGACCGGGCGGAGGCAUUUCAGGGAGGAGCUGGGACAGAGCUCUGACGUCUCGCUGGGUGAAGCUCUGUGGGUUUGCUCCAACCUCUUCAGCGACGUCAAGCUCAAGCUGAGCCACAAGCGGGUCAUGCUGUUCACCAACAACGACGACCCCCACGCCAACGACAGCGCCAAGGCCCGCACCGCCCGUACCAAGGCUUCGGACCUCCAAGAGACGGGUAUCAUCCUAGACCUGCUACACCUGAGGAAACCAGGUGGGUUUGACAUCUCCAUCUUUUACCGGGAUAUCAUCAACACGGCAGACGGGGAAGACCUGAGCUUGCGGUUCGAAGAGUCGGGCAAGGUGGAUGACUUGCUGCGUAAAGUCCGGGCCAAGGACUUCAAGAAGAAAGCAAUGAGCAGGCUGAACCUGAAGCUCGGGGAUGGCUUGGAGCUGUCAGUGGGAGUGUUCCUCCUGAUCCGCAGUGUCACCAAGCCCUGGGCCGUCCGCCUCUCCCGAGAGAGCAACGAGCAGGUCAAAACCAAGACUCGCUGGUUCAACAGGGAGACGGGGAGCCUGCUGCUGCCCAGCAACACCAAGAGAGCUCAGAUAUAUGGAAGCCGCCAGAUCACUAUGGAGAAAGAAGAAACGGAAGAGCUGAGGAAGUUUGACGAGCCUGGCUUGCAGCUGGUGGGGUUUAAGCCCCUGUCCCUCCUGAAGAGACAUCACCACAUCAGGCCAGCUCAGUUCAUGUACCCCGAGGAGUCGAUCAUCACAGGAAGUACAAUACUGUUCGGGGCUUUACUUACCAAGUGCCUGGACAGGGAGGUGUACAUGCUGUGUCGCUACACAAACCGCAGGAACACCCCUCCACGAUUCGUGGCCUUAGUCCCUCAGCGAGAGGAGGUGGACGAACAGAAGAUACAGACGAUGCCGUCAGGGUUCCACCUGGUUUUCCUGCCAUUUGCCGAUGAUAUCAGGAAGGUGAACUACCCGGAGAAGGUCGUGGCAAAUCAGGAUCAGGUCGAUAAGGUGAAAGCGGUGAUACACAAACUCCGCUUCAAAUACAGGGCUGAGAGCUUCGAGAACCCAGCAAUCCAGCAACAUUUCCGCAACCUGGAAGCCCUGGCACUCGAUCUGCCCGAACCAGAGACCACGGAGGAUGUGACAUUGCCAAAGAACGACAUGAUAAACAAGAGGAUGGGGCAGCUAGCGGAGGAGUUCAAUGAGCUGGUCUAUCCUCCUGGCUAUAACCCUGAGGCUGGAGCCACAUACAAGCGCAAAGCAGGUGACGCGGGCAGGACGGGGGACAAGAGGCCGAAGGCGGAGGUGGUGUCUCUGAGCGAGGAGGAGGUCAGACAGCACGUGAGGAAGGACUCGCUGGGCAAGCUGACAGUGCCCGUGCUGAAGGAGGUGUGCAGGCAGUACGGCCUGAAGACUGGCAAGAAACAGGAGCUGAUGGAUGCCAUCAGCGCCCACUUCACCGCUAACUGAGGUGGUACAAGCUAAGGGGAUCGACCCGGGUUGAGGGAGGGAGGGAGGCGCGGAGGCCGAACCUUGUUGACUUGCAGCUGAGCCCCGUCUCGGAGACCCUUCCGCAGUUGCUGAGCUAAACACGGGACAGCGUGAUAGACCACCUACGUCCAGCGCGGCGGAGCGGAGUGGGGUGGAGUGGACUGCGGUGUCGGUGUCGAUGAAAUUCAUCCCAGUUACUUUAUAAUAAAAUAAAAUCUCCCACC